GGGGCGGAGACCGACGCGAAGCGGUUCCGGGACCGGACGCCCUCGCUUGCCUUACCACGAAUCUUUCUCUGUGGCCCAGGCUGGAAUUUAGUGGCGUGAUCUCGGCUCACUGCAACCUCUGCCUCCCAGGUUCGAGUGAUUCUCCAGCCUCAGCCUCCUGAGUAGUUGGCAUUACAGAUCCCGUGGCUGUGGGGCAGGAUUGCUCUCUGGGGUGGGGCCAUCCUGGGCACUGUAGGGUGCUGAACGGCAUCUCUGGCCUUCACCCAUUCUAUGCCAGGAGCAUCUCGCACUCGUGACAACCACAGAUGUCCCAGACAUUGCACAAUGGCUUCUGCUGCCUGCUCCAUGGACCCCAUCGACAGCUUUGAGCUCCUGGAUCUCCUGUUUGACCGGCAGGACGGCAUCCUGAGACACGUGGAGCUGGGCGAGGGCUGGGGCCACGUCAAGGACCAGGUCCUGCCAAACCCCGACUCUGACGACUUCCUCAGCUCCAUCCUGGGCUCUGGAGACUCACUGCCCAGCUCCCCACUCUGGUCCCCCGAAGGCAGUGAUAGUGGCAUCUCCGAAGACCUCCCCUCCGACCCCCAGGACACCCCUCCACGCAGCGGACCAGCCACCUCCCCUGCCGGCUGCCAUCCUGCCCAGCCUGGCAAGGGGCCCUGCCUCUCCUAUCAUCCUGGCAACUCUUGCCCCACCACACCCCCAGGGCCAGUGAUCCAAGUACCUGAAGCCUCUGUGACCAUAGACCUGGAAAUGUGGAGCCCAGGAGGAAGGAUCUGUGCUGAGAAGCCGGCUGAUCCGGUGGACCUGUCCCCACGAUGCAAUCUCACCGUGAAAGACCUCCUCCUUUCGGGCAGCAGCGGGGACCUGCAACAGCAUCACCUGGGGGCCUCCUACCUCCUGCGACCUGGCGCCGGGCACUGUCAGGAGCUGGUGCUCACCGAGGAUGAGAAGAAGCUGCUGGCUAAAGAAGGCAUCACCCUGCCCACUCAGCUGCCCCUCACUAAGUACGAGGAGCGAGUGCUGAAAAAAAUCCGCCGGAAAAUCCGGAACAAGCAGUCGGCGCAAGAAAGCAGGAAGAAGAAGAAGGAAUACAUCGAUGGCCUGGAGACUCGGAUGUCAGCUUGCACUGCUCAGAAUCAGGAGUUACAGAGGAAAGUCUUGCAUCUCGAGAAGCAAAACCUGUCCCUCUUGGAGCAACUGAAGAAACUCCAGGCCAUUGUGGUGCAGUCCACCAGCAAGUCAGCCCAGACAGGCACCUGUGUCGCGGUCCUGUUGCUGUCCUUUGCCCUCAUCAUCCUCCCCUCCAUCAGCCCUUUUGGCCCCAACAAAACCGAGAGCCCUGGGGACUUUGCGCCUGUACGAGUGUUCUCCAGAACUUUGCACAAUGAUGCUGCCUCCCGCGUGGCCGCUGAUGCUGUGCCAGGCUCCGAGGCCCCAGGACCCCGACCCGAGGCUGACACAACCCAAGAAGAGUCUCCAGGAAGCCCCGGGGCAGACUGGGGCUUCCAGGACACCGCGAACCUGACCAAUUCGAUGGAGGAGCUGGACAACGCCACCCUGGUCCUGAGGAAUGCAACAGAGGGGCUGGGCCAGGUCCCCCUGCUGGACUGGGUGGCGCCUGGGCCGAGCACUGGCUCAGGACGUGCAGGGCUGGAGGCGGCGGGAGACGAGCUGUGAGCCCCGCCAGGACUAUGCUCCCAGGCCCCUCUGCCCAGGGGUGCCUUGGGGAUGCUGCACUGGGCAGCUACCCACCUGGGGAUGGGACGUGAGGCCAAGACCCCAGCAGAGAUGCCAGAAUGGGGGAGGCACAGCUCAUAGCCACACACCCAGGGCCUGACUGAGGCCCACACAGGAAACGACACUCAGACACAUGGCAAAGAGGGCCCCAGGACCCGGGAAAUACACACAGAGCCAGGAGCAGAAGCAAAGAGCAGACACACAUACAGCCUGAAACAGACCUGGACAGACAGACACAGCCUGAAACAGACCCAGACAAACAGACAGACAGACACAGCCUGAAACAGACCCAGACAAACAGACACAGCCUGAAACAGACCCAGACAGACAGACAGCCUGAAACAGACCCAGACACAGCCUGAAACAGACCCGGACAGACAGACUGAAACAGACCCAGACAGACAGACAGACAGACACAGCCUGAAACAGACCCGGACAGACAGACACAGCCUGAAACAGACCCAGACAGACAGACAGACACAGCCUGAAACAGACCCGGACAGACAGACAGACACAGCCUGAAACAGACCCAGACAGACAGACAGACACGCCCUGAAAGAGACCCAGACAGACCGACAGCCUGAAACAGACCCAGACACAGCCUGAAACAGACCCGGACAGACAGACUGAAACAGACCCAGACAGACAGACAGACAGACACAGCCUGAAACAGACCCGGACAGACAGACACAGCCUGAAACAGACCCAGACACAGCCUGAAACAGCCUGAAACAGACCCAGACAGACAGACAGACAGACACAGCCUGAAACAGACCCAGACAGACAGACAGACACGCCCUGAAACAGACCCAGACAGACCGACGCAGCCUGAAAGAGACCCAGACAGAGAGACAGGCAGACACAGCCUAAAACAGACCCGAACAGACAGACAGACGCACACACACAACAGAUGCCCAGCAACUCCCCGCCCAGGGACCCCUCCCGGCCUCCCUCGCACACUGGGAGGAGGAAGCCGCCGAGACUGCAGGGAGCCUGGCCCCGGAGCCCCGGGUGCGCCCUGGUCUUUGGAGCAGCCACGGCCCACAAUCACCCCCCUUUUCUAAGACUGCCUGAUCCGAAAUAAAGUAUUUUGACAGAA